AUGACAUACGAGAACCUCGAAUACUGGACGCGUCAGCUCUUUUCGCUAUCCGAGCAGGACCUGUCGUUCUACGCCACAGACGUCGAUGUGUGCCCGGGCACGAAGGUGACGGUGCAUCGCAACGCGUACGACAUCAUCGGGGGCGCGCUGGGGGUGUUGCAUGUCGAGGCUAGUAAGGCGGGGAAGCCAGCGGUGGUGGUGAUCGAAGAUAUCUCGGACGACGAACCACGCUCGGCGAAGACCAGCAGUCAAUCUGAAGUCGCUUCAUUACCCAGCUCUCCGGCAGCACCUACGCAGGCCGCCCAGCGAGCUCACCGACGGUCGGCAAUGCUAGGAGACGACCUUGAGCAAGUCGGGGGCGGAGGACCUUCGAAUGUUCUCGAGGCAGUGCGGAGCCCUGGGCCGCAGCAGAUCACAUUCUCCGCCGAGACUCGGAACCCCCAGAACCAGAGAUACUCAGUGCAUCCGACGAUGUACCUCGAAGAGCCUCCAACAGCGGCUGCUGAACAGUGGUUACCUCCACGGCCUACGUCUGCUGCGUCCAUGCGAGGUGACCAGCAAAGUUAUCGACAGUCGCUACUGGCUACAUCGACGCCAUCGUCCCGGGGUCGCUAUGAUGCACAAGCAGGAGGUCGAGGAGGCGGGGGGAGCAGCGAGGGAUCGGACGACGACAAGGUCGAAGUGAUCAUCUCGCACAGGCCGACGAGGCAAAGUGCCAAGUUCAAAGCGAGACCACAUAUGAAGGUUGCGCGGGUCACGUACGGGGUGUGCAAGGCGUUUGGGUUGGACUAUCAGACUGCACGUCUACAUCUAAUAGUCAGAUCAGACACAAAGUCGGAAGACUACACGCUCGAGUGCGAUCAGGACGACUCGAUGGCGAACAUCGGCUUACAGGAUGGCAUGGUAUUUUUGAUAUCUGUGGAUGGGGAUCCGAUCUAA